CUUUGAUCGUGCUACACUAUUUCGAAUCCAGCACAACAUAACCAAAACACUUUAGGUUCGAUACUCUUUCUCGAGUUUCACACCAAUCAUUAAUCAACUCUAAACAGAACAUGUCUACUCGAAAAUCUGGGGCAUGGGUGUCGUUGCUGCUCGUGAUCUUCUGUAUCUUCACUGACCCAUCGAUGUCCCUUGUUGAUUCUCGUUGGGCAGCUAAGAAGAGACAAAUGCGUGAGAAAGUUCGAAAAAUGUUCUACCAUGCCUAUGAAAACUACAUGACAUAUGCAUUUCCGCAUGAUGAGCUAAAGCCUCUGUCCAAAUCUUUCACUGACUCGCUUAGUGAGCUUGGAAAUCUAAAGCUAGAGCACUUACCACAACACUAUAAUGGGUCUGCCCUUACCCUCAUUGAAUCAUUGUCCAGCCUUAUUAUUUUAGGCAACUACACAGAGUUCGAAAGGGCAGUCCUUUGGCUUUCUGAAAAUCUAACAUUUGAUGUUGAUGCUAGGGUAAACUUAUUUGAGUGCAACAUAAGAGUUCUUGGAGGACUUGUUUCUGCUCAUCUUCUUGCAAAUGACUUUUCAAACAGGUUGGCUCAAGGAUCAUAUAAGAAUCAGCUGCUUGUUUUAGCUGAAGAUUUAGGGCAGCGCUUCCUACCUGCAUUUGCUACACCAACUGGAUUGCCGUAUGCAUGGAUUAACUUAAAGUAUGGAGUCUUAGAGAAUGAGACAACUGAGACGAGCACUUCAGGGUGUGGUUCUUUGAUUCUUGAAAUGGGAGCAUUAUCACGAUUAACUGGUGACCCUAGAUAUGAAUCUGCAGCUUUACGUGCUCUUCGGAAGUUAUGGAGUAUGCGCAGUUCAUUAAAUUUAUUAGGAACAACACUGGAUGUCACAACUGGGGAAUGGAUUGAACAUUCAUCUGGGAUUGGAGCUGGGGUUGAUUCAUUCUACGAGUACUUGUAUAAGGCUCACAUUCUUUUUGGGAAGGAGGAUUUCUGGAGAAUUUUUCAUUCUGCCUAUAUUGCUGUGCAGAAAUAUUUUAGACAUGGCCCAUGGUACCAUGAAGCGGAUAUGAGAACUGGAAAAGCAACUUAUUGGCAACUAACAAGCCUUCAAGCAUUUUGGCCAGGUCUUCAGGUUCUUGUUGGGGAUAUUGCAGCUGCCAAUUCAUCACAUCGUGAAUUUUUUUAUGUGUGGAAGAAGUUUGGAGUGCUACCAGAAAGGUAUUUGUUGGACCAUCAAACGGUACAUCCUACAGAGAAGUAUUAUCCAUUGCGGCCUGAAUUAGCAGAAUCCACUUUCUACUUAUACCAAGCAACAAAAGAUCCAUGGUAUAUACAAGUGGGUGAAUCCAUUGUCAAUGCUCUUGAUUUAUACACCAAAGUCGAAGGAGGUUUUGCCAGCAUCAGAGAUGUGACAACAAUGCAAAGGGAAGAUCAUCAGCAUAGUUUCUUUCUUGCUGAAACGUGCAAGUACCUAUAUCUUCUCUUUGAUGAUUCAUUUUUGGUUGAUCGAAAUUAUAUAUUCACAACUGAGGGUCAUCCACUACCAGUGCUAAGUGCUUGGCAUGAAAGGCUUCCAGAGGCAUACAUUCCUUCGAACUGGACUUCUGUCAAGAGUAAAAAGGAAACAAAACGAGCAAGUGCAAUGUAUAAGCAGGUCUGUCCAGCAAUGAGUCUGAAUAGGGAUGGUGACCAACGGGUUGAGAGCGCUUGCCACAUCCCUGAUGCUCAUAUUGACCACAGGUGUUACACUGACGAGGAAUGUGGAGUUGACUCAAUUACCUGUAGACGAAGGUCAUGCAGCAUGGCUGGCUACUGUGGGCUAUGGUUGUUUGUAUGAAAGCAGCAUUCUUCUCAUCAAAUACAGCAAAGUAAUAUAAUAUAAUGAAAGGAGAAAAAAAAAAACAAGGAAAAGUAGAGAAAAGUUUCAAGAAGGUGAGGGUGAAAAAGAAAGAAAGUGGUCUGUCAGUAAGCAAUAUAAAAGCAGUUAGAUUAAAUGGAAAGGAAGAAAGAAGCAAAUGACCGAAAAUUCUUCAUGAUAAUGCUGUUCUGUAACAUAACUCGGAUUUGCAAGUGUUUCAUUGAAUUUGUUUUUAUUACAUUUCUGGCAGGUACUAGGUCAGUUCAGAAUACACACUGAAAAUGGCACACAUAAAAUUUGAUUGAAGUCAUCUCUUAAAUGUAA